CCAGAGGACACAGCUUCAGAUGAGUGUGCUCUCCAGGUUGUGAGCGGACUGGACAGAGAACAUGCGCUCAGCCCUUGGCAGAGAACCUGCACAGGCUGGCCCGAGGGUCCAUCCAAGGCAACCGGCACCAUGACCUUCCUUGUCCACCUGCUGGUCUGCAUCUUUGCCACGGGCUCCUGGGUGACCAUCAAUGGGCUCUGGGUAGAGCUGCCCCUGCUGGUGACGGAGCUGCCUGAGGGCUGGUCCCUGCCAUCCCACCUCACAGUGAUCAUCCAGCUGGCCAAUGUCGGCCCCCUCCUGGUCACCCUGCUCCAUCACUUCCGGCCUAGCUGCCUUCCUGAGGUGCCUGUCAUCUUUGCCCUGCUGUGUAUUGGGACUGUAACCUGCACCCUCUUUGCUUUCCUCUGGAACAUGACUACCUGGGUGCUGGGCAACCAACACAGCAUCGCCUUCAUGGUGCUCACCUUCUUCCUGGCCCUGGUAGACUGCACAUCUUCAGUCACCUUCCUGCCCUUCAUGAGCCACCUGCCUGCUCGCUACCUCACCACCUUCUUUGUGGGUGAAGGAUUCAGCGGCCUCCUGCCUGCCCUGGUGGCUCUUGCUCAGGGCUCUGGUCUCACCACCUGCGUCAACGUCACGAUUACACCAGACACCACCCCAAGCCCUGGGGCCAACAGGACGACUGGCAUCACACAGAGAGCCAGCAGCACCCUGGUGUCUGACCUCACGGGGACGGCAGCCUCCUCCACACGCCUAGAGAGCCGCUCCCUCCCGGCCCACUUUCCGCCCUGGACCUUCUUCUUCCUGCUCUCCUGCAUGAUGGCCUGCUGCCUGCUGGCCUUCUUCUUCCUCCGGCGCCGCCUCCACCACUGGGAGGCCUCCACGGAAGACCUCCUCAGCUCCCAGAUCAGCCUCCCCACCUUCCCGCAGCAGGACAAGCAGGACCUGGGUCUCCAGGGCCCAGAGGACGGCAUCAAGGCCCAGAGGCCUCCGGAGGAGGAGAGGGCCUCCCUCCGCCUGCCCCAGCUCUCUGCCAUCUACUUUCUGGUGGGCUUUGUGAACGCGCUCACCAAUGGCGUGCUGCCGUCAGUGCAGACCUACUCCUGCCUGUCCUACGGGCCGGUCGCCUACCACCUGGCUGCCACCCUGGGCUCCAUGGCCAACCCUCUCGCCUGCUUUGUCGCCAUGUUCCUGCCCAGGAGGUCUCUGCUGUUCCUGGGGGCCCUCUCGGUGCUCGGGACCGGGUUUGGGGCCUACAACAUGGCCAUGGCUGUGAUGAGCCCUUGCCCCCUCCUGCAGGGCCACUGGGCCGGUCAGGCCCUCAUUGUGGCUUCCUGGGUGCUCUUCUCGGGUUGUCUGAGCUACGUCAAGGCAAUGCUGGGCGUGGUCCUGCGGGAGCACAACGACCGGGCGCUCCUGUGGUGCGGGGUGGCUGUGCAGCUGGGCUCGCUGGUGGGAGCGGUGCUCAUGUUCCCGCUGGUCAACGUGGUGCGGCUCUUCUCCUCCGCUGACUUCUGCAGCCUCCAAUGCGCCUCGUAGGCCAGCUGGGGGCACACGCACCCGCCGCGACAACGCACCAAGCUCACCCCGUCGUUAGCACCUGGCACCCGAUACCCAGCGCGGCAAGGGCUAUGCCCGAGGACACAGGGCAGAGGGGAGGGGAGUGGAGAGGCAGGGCCAUUUGGCACCGAGGGGAUACAGCAGGUCUCCCAGGCAGCGGGCCUGAAGAGGCAAAGCGCGGCCCUACCCAACUCGAUGCCGCCCCUGCAGCCCGCCUGCCUGCCCGCCCUUCGCUGCCUGCCUCCUGGUUGAUUUGAAGCAUCGGCGGUGGGAGUCCUGCCCCAGGAGAAAGCAGGUUGGCAGGGGGACACCGUGAGAGCUGGCCCUCUCCAGCUGGGGGUGACUUUGAGGAAGCCACUUCACUUCUCUGUCAGUCCGCUUCCGCGUCUGGAAAAUGGUGUUAUAAUAAACAGUACCUCUCUCCCAGGCUUGCUGCAGGGGUGAGAGAGCGUUCC